GAGUGUUUUAUUGAGGAUUGAAAAGCAAUACGUUACCAGCUUUUAAAUGCUUGGGCUACUUGAUGACGGUGUAUAACUUAUAUAUAUAUGGAAAAAAUGGUGAUAACCUAUAUUACCGUGAAUGGACUCCAACAAAGCAAGGUGAAUGUCCAUCUGAUAACGACUUGAAGUUGAUGCGUGGUAUGUUAAUUGGUUUAAAAGGAUUUUGUCAAAAAAUUUCACCGUUGGACUAUGAAAUUAAUCGUUUUUCUUACGUUACUAACACAUAUCGUCUUCAUUUUUACGAAACUCCUACACUAAUGAAAAUUGUUCUUACCACUGACAACUCUUGUGCACCCAUGAAUGAUGAACUUGAAGGGAUAUUUCAAAUAUAUACAAAAUACGUUUCACAAAAUCCGUUAAUUAAAUCCGAAGGACUUAUUAAAAGUCAGAUCUUUUCUGAAAAACUUGAUCAAUAUGUUCAGAGUUUGCCUGUAUUCAAUAAAUAAAUAACUUUUUCCCAGUUGUUUCAUUUUAGCUAUUUUCAGUUUUUCUGUUUUCGUUAAAUCAAUGAUUUACUUCUUACAGGUUUUAAUAGUGUUGUGAUUGUAAAAGAGGGUUUAGCCACACAAUGUUUACGGCUGUACGUACAAAUCCAUCAGAUGAAGUCACAGCAACUGACACAUUAAAUGCACCUGUUUCCACAUGUAUUACAAAUGUUAUCCCAAAUUCUAUCAUAUCAAAUGGAGUUGGUGAGGAGGAUAACUAUUUAACAUGUCAUUUAAUGGGUGAAUACACUGGUCCAGUUGAAUCUGUUUUACCUCGAGAAUUCAGGCAAAGACUUCAUAAACAUUUUGCUAGAAUUGAACGUGAAUUUGAACGAGAAUAUAGGAGGUUAUAUAGCGAAAACUUAGCAUUACAAGAACGUUUGGAGAAAUUUGAAGAUGGUGAUCAUUCAGAAGCAAUAACCCUAGUAAAAAAAUUGGGGGCAAGUAUGCUGUCACAGCGUAUCAAACAACAAUAUAAACAAUCCACAUCUCGUCUAGUUUCAAGUCUUCGUCAAUCUACUGGUCAUUCUUCCAGUAAUAUAGGUCAAGGAUGCACAUAUUCGGUUGCCCAACCAGGAAUAACAGCUACAACUUGUGUUGGUGUAACUUCAAAUACUCUUUCUGUUGCUGUCAAUAGUUCGUUAAAUUACUCAGGGAAUAUCGCUUUGCCUAGUGGUGGUAGCACAACUGGACAUGGGACAGCCAUUUUUGCUGGAAGCUUUUCAGGACACAAUGGAAAUUUCCAGUUGAUGAAUCGAGUGGUUGGACAUCGAGAUGGUAUAUGGGAGGUUACUUCGUUCAGGAGGUUUAUUGCAACUGCAUCUGCUGACAAUACUGCUCGUCUUUGGAUUAACGAUGGUCAAUUAAAUUGUCUAUUAGUCUAUAUGGGUCAUUCAGGUUCAGUGAACUCUGUUCGAUUUCGAAAUAAAGACAGUUUAAUGUUAACAUCUAGUGGAGAUGGAACUGCCCAUCUUAUUCGUUUGCCAUUUGAUUUAAUAACUAAAGCUGCAACUUCACUUACAAGUGGAAACACAUCAGGGGCUGCAUUGGAUGCCGUUGCCUCGGCUCUUGCUUCAGAAACUGCUGGAACAAGUCCUAUGGGUUUGGGAAUGUGUACAAUUUCAGGAACUGCUAUCAAGUCAGGGAUUGAUCCGGUUGGUUUGUAUGAUUCAGAUGAAACGAUGAAUUUAUUAGUUGGUUCUACAGAAGAAGAUCCUCCAGUUCGCAUUGCAGCUAUUCCACCUAUCGCUGUUCGACAUCCUCAUGCAAUAUUUCAGUCUGCAAACUUAUGUUUAUCAUCAUCUGGUACAGUUGGGAACUCUACUGCUGCUUCAGGAUGCAAUGUUAUCGACUCAUCACCUUUAUCUGCUGCCGAUUUUGUUUACGGACGGGAACAGUUAGUGACAGCAUCGUGGGAUCGUUUAGGUAGAACAUAUGAUCUUGCAACUGGACAAGAGCUAGAAUCACUUACGGGACAUGAUGAUCAUUUGACAGAUGUACGUUGUGAACCAGGUGGAUUUCCUGUUGUUGUCACAUCGUCAAGGGAUUGUACAUUUCGUUUGUGGGAUUUUCGUCAACCAGGAAUGCGGGUUCAUGUUCAACAGGCCCAUAGUCAGUAAGUUAUCUUUUAUAUUUCAAAUGCAUACUCUGUAUAGUUGAUUUAAUUUACUUGACUUCAUUUUUUAUGUUGUUGUUUUUUGGUUUUCUUUUCAUAUUUUCAUACUUUUUAUAAAACAACAGAACAGUUUCAACCACACAAUUUUUGGCACCUGGUUCCCCUGAACGUCUUAUAAGCGCUGGUGCUGAUAGGUUUUGUCGUAUUUGGGACUUGAGACAAAGCCGUGGUCCAGUUGUUAGCAUUAGAACCGAUGCAGCAAUCAAUCGCUUGGGUUUGUCUGGUUAUGGAUCAAGUGUAUCAUAUCAGCCAACAGAAACAAUUAAUCCUACUUCAACUGUAAUUGGAUCGUCUUCCAGUGAAGCUCCAUCUCAAACUGCUCAACACGGGUCUGUGUUAAGUACUUCAGUUCACAGUCCUUGUCCUUCCAGUUACCCCAAGUAUAUUGCUCUACCGCUGGUCAAUCGAGGAAUAAAGCUGCUUGAUGUAAAUGGCAACAGAAUCGGUCGGUUAACUAGAUCGUCACACGGUCAUUCUCGUAUGGUAACUUGUGUUGCAUGGGCAAAUGAAGGUGUUCACAAUCUCUUUUCAACUGGUUUUGACGGUCUCUUAUUGGCUUGGCAAAUUCACAUUGGAAAUGUUUAGUAUAUAAAUCCUUGAAAUCUAUUCUUUUGCUGCAAUAAUUCGUUGACUUCAGUAUUAUAGUGGUUUUCUUUUUCGUGAUAUGAUGUCAUGUGUGUAUGGUUAUACCUUUUACACUUUGUAAAUACACUUUACACAUAUGUAAGAUACCAACUACCUGUCUACUUACGUUUUCAUAUUGACAAUGAUUAAUUUUCGUUUUUUCAAAGUAAUAAUUUUCUCUUUAUCUCAUUUUCACGUUAAUGUGUCGUUAUUUGUUGUCUAAAAUAUUUUAGCUAGGAAUGAUCAAGUCAAUCUAUUACUAUUGUCUUCAAUGCUUAUUUGAUUAUUAUUAUUAAUAUUAUUAUUAUUAUCUCUACAUUUCAUUUUGUUGUUAAUUAUCUGCAAACAGACUGACUUUAUAUUUAUUACUUAUAAAGGUGUAAAUAUGUAUUUAUGGAAUGUUUUGUUCGUAAAAUAGAUUGCUUUCAAUAUAAA